AUGGACCUGAUCGAAUCUAUUCAUGACAUCCCUGUGCAAAAUCCAUCAGUGGAAGAUUUCUCUGCUUCGGACUUAAAUUGGAUAAAAUUUGGGACUCCUGAACACCAUGAUGACGUGGCACUAAUUCCAUAUGCUAGAGCUGAAGAAUUCAUCAUUGGCGAGUGUUCUAAUGUAGAAUGCCCAACCCGUUUUCACAUUGAGAGAGGAAGGAAACGUUCAUUAGGCAGCCUGAUGGAAUUCAAGAGCGAUGAAUAUCUUGAGUAUAGACUGUACUGGUGCUCAUUUGGUCCUGAGAACUACGGGGAAGGCGGAAUCAUAUUGCCAAGCAGAAGAUACAGACUCAACACCCGAAACCGGGCAGCCCGACCUCAAUCAAUGCGAGGCUGCACAUGUCAUUUUGUUAUAAAAAGAUUAUACGCGCGUCCAUCUCUCGCCCUCAUAAUCUACAACAACCGCCGCCACGUCAGCAAAUCCGGAUUCAUCUGCCACGGGCCCCUCGACCGGGACGCCAUUGGUCCCGGUGCGAAGAAAAUCCCGUACGUGGGACAUGAAAUCCAACAACAGACGAUGUCGAUGAUUUAUCUUGGGAUUCCGGAAGAAAAUGUUUUGGAGAAACAUAUAGAAGGGAUACAACGGUAUUGUGGUUCGGAUUUGAAAGUGAAUUCGAUUGCUUCUCAGUAUGUUCAUAAACUUGGGAUGAUAAUUAAACGAUCGACACAUGAAUUGGAUUUGGAUGAUCAAGAAAGUGUGAGGAUUUGGGCGGAAAGGAAUAAGAAAUCGAUUUUUUAUUAUCGGGAUGCUUCGGAAACGGAACCCUUUAUUCUUGGGAUUCAAACUGAAUGGCAGUUGCAGCAGAUGCUUAGGUUUGGACAUCGGAGUCUUAUAGCAGCAGAUUCAACUUUUGGAAUCAAGAGAUUAAAGUAUCCUUUGUGCACACUUCUUGUGUUUGAUUCGAGACAACACGCACUCCCUGUAGCAUGGGUAAUUACUCGAAGUGUUGCAAAAUCCGAUGUAUGUAAGUGGAUGAAAGCUCUUCUUGGCCGUGUUCGUGCUGUUGACCCAACAUGGAAAGUCAACGGAUUUAUUAUCGAUGAUGCAGCAGUAGAGACUGAUCCCAUAAGGGAGACGUUUUCGUGUCCUGUAUUAUUUUCAGUGUGGCGUGUUCGUCGGUCAUGGCUGAGACAUGUUGUGAAGAAUUGUAGAAACAUUGAAGUCCAAAGACAAAUCUUUAAACGUUUGGGAGAAAUAGUUUACAGCAUUUGGGGAGGAGUUGAUCCUUUUCUUGUCUUACAGAAAUUCAUCCAAGAUUUUGUUGACCAAACUGACUUCAUGCAAUAUUUCAAUGCCACAUGGGUGCCUAAGAUUGAGAUGUGGUUAACAACAAUAAAAUCCCUCCCACUAGCAAGCCAAGAAUCCUCGGGUGCAAUCGAAUCCUACCACGUGAAACUAAAACUCAAACUCUUCGACGACUCGCACCUGGGUGCACUCCAACGAGUCGAUUGGUUAGUCCACAAGCUAACCACCGAGCUCCACUCCUCCUAUUGGCUCGACCGCUACGCAGACGAAAGCGACUCCUUCCAAACCAUCAAGGACGAAUACGUAAAUUCCACCUCAUGGCAUCGAGCAUCAAAAAUCCCAAACACCAACAUUACAUUAUCCCCAAACACCACCAAAAUCCUAAGCCAAACCGAUACUUCCCGUUCCCAUAUCGUCUCGAAUCCCGGGUCCGAAUUCGCGUUUUGCGAUUGCGAGUGGUCGUUACGCGGGAACAUCUGCAAACACGUGGUCAAAGUCAACACGAUGUGCGAGAAUCUAAAAGGGUACCAAAGUUCGUUGUCGUUUCACGCGUUUCAAGAGAUACUUGUGAAGAUGUUUGAAAAACCAUUGGAUGAUUCGAUGGACCUUGAUUUGUCAAUGGCGUGGUUGGGUCAAAUUCAUGGUCAAAUUGAGAAACUUGUGGAGUUGAAUAAGUCAACGGAUAUUGGAACGGUGGUCAAUGGGCUUCCGUUGAAGUGGAAUUCUAAAAAAAAAGAGUCGGAAGAGGAAAAGAUUGUCGCGUAUAAGUUUAAGGAUGGAUCGACGUAUUUGCUUAUGAGGACAAGAGUUGCUCUUGGUCAUCAACAAAACAGAUUGAUGCUCUCUUUGUUUUCUCCUAAGUAUUAGUAAGUUACCAUAAAUGAUCCUUGAAAAUGUUUUAUAAAAUGACGGUGUUUUUCAGGAGACGAUAGAAAAAAAUAUGAGAG